AUGGCUUUCAGGAGGCAAGUGAAAAACUUCGUGAAAAAUUACUCAGAGGCUGAAAUAAAAGUCAGGGAAGCAACUUCCAAUGACCCCUGGGGUCCCUCCAGCUCGCUGAUGCUAGCCAUCAGUGACAUGACUUUCAACACGGCCUCCCUCUCUGAGAUCAUGCACAUGAUGUGGCAACGGCUGGAUGAUCAUGGGAAGAACUGGCGCCAUGUGUACAAAUGCCUCUCCCUGAUGGACUACCUCAUCAAGAACGGCUCCAAGAAAGUUGUUCAGUGUUGCAGAGAGGGGUUGUACAACCUUCAAUUGCUUAAAGAUUUCCAACACAUAGACGAAGCUGGAAAAGACCAAGGUCGCUAUAUCCGGGAGAAGUCUAAACAAGUCAUAACUCUGCUGAUGGAUGAGCAACUGCUUUUUAAAGAGAGGGAAGUGGCAAGCUGGACGAGACAGCGGACCUCAUGCUGCAUGAUGCUUCCCACUGGGUUACCUUCCCCGGGGAACUUGCCUGCAGCAUGCGCUUCUGUCCUCAUCCCAGAAAACCUUCCCUCCGAGAAGAAGCAUUCGCUCCUGACGAUUGCGAGUCUACGUAAUAAAAAAAACACCUCCAAGGCAAGACUGAGGCUGGAGCAGUGCCAGGAUGUCCCCUUGCCUGCUGAGCCCUCCCUGUCCAAGGACUCUCCUCUGCUCAGGAUGAAGACAUGGAAAUCAACAGAGGACCUAACAUUAUUGCAUGACGAGUAUCCUAAGCAACCUUUGCCUGCGGUACCUCCUCCCAUCACCUCUCCUACUUCCUGGAUGUCAGAAGGGGAAGCGGAAGUCUGCAACCUCUGGGAUACAG